AUGACCUCCAACACAGCAAGCCCCAACACCGUGGAGCGCACUUCAUUCGACACCGUCCUGGCCCGUUCCUUACUGCCCUCCAUCAUCGCGCUCUCCCAGUCAGCUGCCUUGCUUCACUCGGCCCCGUCGACCACAACCUCGGACCCUACUUCGACCGCAGCGAGCAAGGAAGCCGCUCUGAACGCAGCUAAAUCAGAUCUAGGCCGACAGGCGAGUCCUAUGUAUCCCGGUGUCCCGUGACCCUCCGCGAACUCAGUCUUUACCCCUCCCCCACUCACCGUGCUCCACCAUCUUCUUCCUCAGGCAACCCAACUUCGCAACGCCCUCGCUACACUCCAAACCCAAGCCCAACACCUCGAGAUGGGAGAUUUGAGCAUCCAAGACCAAUCCUGGAUUAUCAAAGAGCUGCAACUCAAGCUUGAUCAAAAGAGGUGCGCUUCCAUAGCGAUGAGCCCUAUAACCCCUGGUCUCUUUCCACAAUCGCAGGUACUGAUCAGGAUACGGAACACGUCUCGUCGAUCUUCGGAGCGAUUAGAGAUCAAGUGAAGGCGCUCCGGGACGUCAUCCCGACACCCCAAGCUACGAGCACAGACCAAGCCGCCAUGGACACGUCGAGCUGA